UUUAACUCUUAUUUUGUUCGCCAGUCUGUCGUGCUUGUUCCCGCUGCUCCAAACUAUGUAUUGAAUCUAGUGCUCAAAGGCAGAGUUCAAUUGAAAUUCCUCCAGGAGUUUAGCAAGCUUACGCAUUGACUCGGAUUUGUUACAUACCUGAGAAAGGUUUGAGAUAAGUUACUAAAGAUACAAUAGUGAAACAAUUUUGUUAUGAAAUGUCUGUGAUACUUUAUUUGUCUGUCUUUCUGAUGUCUUUACAUCCGGGUCUGGUUGAAGGUCAUGGUCGAAUGUUGGAUCCACCAUCUCGAAUGUCUGCCUACCUGUUGGGUUACUCCACGCCUGUCAACUAUGAGGACCAUGAGAUGAACUGUGGAGGACGCGCGGUCCAGUGGACACAAAAUGGAGGCAAGUGUGGUAUUUGUGGUGACCCAUGGUCAGGUCCACGCAGGUACGAGCGCCCAGACGGAGUCAUGGUUCAACACAAUAUCAUUCCGAAAGCGUACCGUGAGAAUGACGUCAUAGUAAUCACAAUACAGAUCACUCAAAAUCACCUGGGUUGGAAUGAGUUUCGUAUUUGUAACAUUGCUCGGUCUGGCGGUGUGGAGGCUACCCAGUCCUGCUUAGAUGAAAAUGUUUUGGCCGACUUGAGUGGGAAAACACGAUUCUAUUUUGAUGUUGCAGCUAUUGGAUUCUACAAUUAUACGCUGGUCUUACCAGCAGGGUUCACUUGUGAUCAUUGUUUGUUACAGUGGAAGUGGCAUUGUGGCAAUGACUGGGGAUGUGACAGUGAUGGGACUUGUGGUCUUGGGCGAGGUCUAGUACAAGAAGAGUUUUACGCAUGCGCAGAUGUUGCUGUUGCUCCCAAAGGCGUCGUCAUUGUGACGCAAACUCCACCAACCAUUGCACCCACCACAGCAUCAACAACCACCACAACCAGCACGACGACAGCCAGGCCCACGACCAGGUCACCAGAUGUUACUACAACUCAACCUGCGUCUACCACUUCCAGCACGACCAGGACCUCCACCCCUACAACAUCCACAUCCACCACAUCCACAACUACCAGAAGUAGAUCCACCUCUGCCUCUGUGGAACAGACGUACAAUCAUCAAGAUUUAAUUGAUUACAUCAAGAACAAUCAUGAAUCAAUAACUUCCGGUACACAUCUGGUGUACGUGAACCCGGCUACCAACAACAUCAACAGCUUAGACUACUUCAACAUGGUCCUGGGUUUGCCCAACAAGUACGACCCGCACUACACCUACCCCAACUCUUACGUCACACCGGCACCGACAUUCUCGCCUUCUAACGAGGACAAGAACGCCAUUGCGAGAUUGUGUUUUGUUUGCUAUGGAAACUGUCGGUUUGAAAGUUGUUAUACUUCCUGUCCCUCUAUAUGUCCUGUUAAAAAAAUAUAAAUAGACAUUUUGUAAAUUAAUAAAACUAGAACUUUUCUAAAGUAUGUUUCACAAAA